AUGGCAUUAUAUCAUUUUAAAACAUUUGAAGCAACAGGAAUAAAGAAACUUUGGAUAAAAGCAGGAGCAGGAGCUACAAAACGAUAUGUUCCAUUACAUGUUAUGGCUGUUCGAUAUGGAACGGAAACUUGUUCGGUACUUCCUGCACUUUAUCACUUAACAGGAGUAAUUAUACCAGCAGUUGGGACCAAACGUGCUGCCCUUCUUGCCAAACCUCUUAAUCAACUAUCAAGUUUUGGACAAGGUUUGUUGAAUACAGAAAUUGAAAAGUCUGUUGGAAAUGCAGAGGAAUAUUUUACGAAAAAAGACUUAAUGCAAAACGUUUAA